AUGACUCGUAAAUGGCCAAUGGAGAUGAGGUGUCCCAGAACUCGAAGAGCACCACUCACUUGCACACAAACCAAGACCGCCGCAUCCAGCCGUCGUCAGCUCCGAUUUCAGGGAUGGAGCGUCUUCACCGGCGUUUCUUCUCCUUCUGAGAUCGGAGCUCCUCCUCCUUUUUCCCGGGCUCCACUUUGGCGUCUGAUGGCUUUGUCACUUUCUCCGUCGGUGGCUCCACCGCUGACGAGAUCUGCUCGAACUUUUUCGCUUCUCUGCUGCUCUGUCGCUUUGGUAGUCGGAUCGAUGGGAUCUCCUGAGCUCUUGAGGACGGAGCUCGUGUUUCUCCUCGUCGUUCUACCGAGGCAGCCAGUCCGUGCGCUGAGAUCUUCUCACCUCCGAGUGAGUCUCUUUACGGCUCCGCCGAAUCCUCCACCGGAACCUCCGGAUCCGUCUAUUUCACGGUCAUGCCUUUGUCCUCUGGUGGGUCGACCAUUGUUCUACUCUCGCUCCAUCUCGUUUUCUCCACCUUCAGCUAGGCUGGUCAGUUCUCAACCGCCGGAUCUAUUCUUCGCGUCUCCAUACGUGUAUCUUCUGGUCACUUUGCCUUUCCUCCAUCCUCACGGCUAUUAUCCCUCCACAGUCUCCCUGCUGAGUCUUUUCUCUCUGGUCGAUCUAGAUCUACGCUCCGUUGGAGUCAAAUUGCAGAAGCUCACUCUCCCCAAUUCCUUAACCAUCGUCAUCCAAUCAUCCUCCACCAGUCUAAGCUUCGCCCAAUCGAAGUUUCACGUCCUAUUCCUCGCCGGUGAAGGGACAUCGGGAUCUUGGAUUCCCGAUUUCGUCAGUUUGCUUAUAUUAGUCCGGCGUUGUAUAAUCUUGGACUUGGUCCGUGUUCUGCCCAUAGCUAGCUCUGUUUUGAAGAAUUCCCUACCAAAAAAGCUCUGCUAUUUGGAAACUUAUGUCUCUCUUCGGGAACGAGUUUCCUCCUCACCGUCCUUCAUGAGAGGUAUGCGAUUUACAUUUGCAUUGAUCCUCUAUAUGAAAGGUGAACUGUUCUCGGUUUUGAAACCGAAAAUCUUCUCCUCCUUUAUGGAGGGAGUAUCGUUAAGCUUUGCAUCGAUGGCUAUGUCUAUGGCUAAAGUCGAGCAAGCAGUUUAUGAUCAUAUUGUUGUGGUCUUGGGUCUAAAGAAAGCUGAUGUCAAGUCUACCUCUUUUGGUGGUGUGCCCUUAGCUUCAGGCAACGAAUUUAGUACCAGAAUCUUGUGUUCAGGAAAUUCUGCCUCCCUUUCUAUCUCAAAGGAAGAAUCAAUCCAUUGUGGUUAUUCUGAAUUUAUCUUGUUGUUUUCUUUCUCCUACUUUAGCUUGGUGGUGUCUUAUUGUAACUCUAGAUUCAACUCUUAUGUUGGAUCUCUUCCUCCCUCCUUGGAGAGGUGAAUCCUCAAGAGCGAGGCCGCUAAAUGCCUUGCGCUUGGAUGCAUUAAUCCUGUGUUCUCCGAGGAGUGCGGGUCCGCACCAUUCUUAGGUUCAGAUAAAGAUUGCUGUAACUGUUGCGUAGCCAAAUACGGGGUUCUUUCUGUCUGCAAAGGAGUUGUUGAAGGAAGCGACAACCAUUGCCAUUGCUACAAAGAAAAUGUUUGA